AUGGCCAAGGUCAAGCGGUCGACGCCCGCGACCGCGCCCGCGGCCAGGGCCAAGGCCAAUGCCCCGACGGCGGCGACGGCCGCCAAGGCCAAGAGAUCGGCGUUCGCGGGGGCGGCGGAUACGGCCGCGAAGGUCCCCGCGGCGGAGGCGUCGCCGCCGGUUGUGAUCGAAAUCCCGUCUUUCCCCGACGCCUCCGUGGGGGUAGGCCCCAAGGGGGGCAGUGGCUCCAAGAAGAAGGGGCGGAAGAGGGCCGCGCCGCUCGUCCUCGACGACGAGAUCGAAAUGUGGACCCCGCAGCAGAAGCGGCGACUCGACGAGGAAUGCCAGAUUCUCUCUGAGGAUCCUUUCUCAACCACCACCAAGCUGGCGCCCUCCCCCGCCGCCGCCAAUGACGAAAUCGCGGUCGUCGCCGAACGGGGCAAGGUAGCGUGCAGAGAUUACCCACAUCCGAGGUCUGCUUGCGCCAAGAACCCAUUUAGCACUACGUCUCAUGAGCGUCACUGUGACAAGUGUUUCUGCUAUGUGUGCGAUAUCGCUGCCCCAUGUGUCUCCUGGAAGGGUCUUGAAGGGCACUGCCAUGCUUCAGAUAAGGACAAGAAGUGGAAGACUAUGAGAUUGAUGAUGAAACAGGCAACGCAAUUGGCCUAGUUAAAUUGAUCCUGACUCUAGGUCUGGCAAUUGGCAUUUUGCAAGCAUUCGUCAGCUUGUUCUGAUAGGAAAGUUAUUUUGCAGCAACUUGUACAGAGGGUUAGUAUCGGCAAUAGAUCCUGUCCCAAAUGUUUAGUGCGUCCGUGUACCGCCUAUCACAAACUGAAUGAUAGGCGUAAUAUAAGCAAAACAUCAACGCAGUAGCAUCAGUCUUGUGUUAAAUCAAAUUCCAUCAUCUAUGCACCUUCUGGUUUCUGAGU